GUGAGUUCACCAAAGAGGUUCGACCCAAACAACCACAAAUCCACCUUUUCUCAACGUGAGAUGAUGUUGGGAUGAAAGGCAGCAUCUGACCUGCUUCUUGGAGCUUCUCUGGUUGGAAAAAGAAAGAGCCCGAAGCAUCAUCUGAAGAGACCCGACUGAGAGCACCAAAAUGGGGUAUGGACGGUCGGACAGCUACCGCGUGGCCACCACGCAGGACAAGGAUGUCAACGAGUCGCCCAAGAAGAAGGGAGGCAAGGACCUGGACGACCUGAAGAAGGAAGUGCCCAUCACGGAACACAAAAUGUCCGUUGAGGAGGUUUGCCGGAAGUACAACACUGAUAUCGUUCAGGGUCUGACCAACGCCAGGGCAGCGGAGUACCUGGCCAGGGACGGCCCCAAUGCCCUGACCCCUCCCCCCACCACCCCUGAGUGGGUCAAGUUCUGCCGUCAGCUGUUUGGUGGCUUCUCCAUCCUGCUGUGGAUCGGCGCCAUCCUCUGCUUCCUGGCCUACGCCAUCCAGGCUGCUACCGAGGACGAGCCCGCGAACGACAACUUAUAUCUGGGGAUCGUGCUGUCGGCCGUCGUCAUCAUCACCGGCUGCUUCUCCUACUUUCAGGAAGCUAAAAGCUCCAAGAUCAUGGAGUCCUUCAAAAACAUGGUUCCUCAGCAAGCCUUGGUGAUCAGAGAGGGAGAGAAGAUGCAGAUCAACGCAGAGCAGGUGGUGGCAGGAGACCUGGUGGAGGUGAAGGGUGGAGACCGGAUCCCCGCUGACCUUCGCGUCAUCUCCUCUCACGGCUGCAAGGUGGACAACUCGUCCCUGACUGGAGAGUCGGAGCCCCAGACCAGGUCACCUGACUGCACCCAUGACAACCCUCUGGAGACCCGAAACAUCACCUUCUUCUCCACCAACUGUGUUGAAGGAACCGCCCGCGGGAUCGUUGUGUGCACCGGUGAUCGCACCGUGAUGGGUCGGAUCGCUACGCUCACCUCCGGGCUGGAGACCGGAAAGACUCCCAUCGCUAAAGAGAUCGAGCACUUCAUCCACAUCAUCACCGGCGUGGCCGUCUUUCUGGGCGUGACCUUCUUCGUCCUCUCCAUCAUCCUGGGGUACAGCUGGCUGGAGGCCGUCAUCUUCCUCAUCGGCAUCAUCGUGGCCAACGUGCCUGAGGGGCUGCUGGCCACAGUCACAGUGUGUCUGACACUCACUGCUAAGCGAAUGGCUCGUAAGAACUGCCUGGUGAAGAACUUGGAGGCGGUGGAAACCCUGGGCUCCACCUCCACCAUCUGCUCCGACAAGACGGGAACCCUGACCCAGAACCGGAUGACCGUGGCCCACAUGUGGUUCGACAAUCAGAUCCAUGAAGCCGACACCACCGAAGACCAGUCUGGUUCCUCCUUCGAUAAGAGCUCUACCACCUGGGUUUCUUUGGCCCGCAUCGCUGCGCUGUGCAACCGCGCCGUGUUCAAAGCGGGUCAGGAGUCUUUACCCAUCCUGAAGCGGGAGGUGGCCGGCGACGCCUCCGAGUCGGCUCUGCUCAAGUGCAUCGAGCUGUCCUGUGGUGCCGUCAAAGCCAUGAGGGACAAGAAUAAGAAGGUGGCCGAGAUCCCGUUCAACUCCACCAACAAGUAUCAGCUCUCCAUCCACGAAACCGAAGAUGAGAGCGACAAUCGCUACCUGCUGGUGAUGAAGGGAGCGCCGGAGCGGAUCCUGGACCGCUGCUCCACCAUCAUGGUGCAGGGCAAAGAGCAGCCCAUGGACGACGAGAUGAAGGAGGCCUUCCAGAACGCCUACCUGGAGCUGGGAGGACUGGGAGAGCGAGUGCUGGGUUUCUGCCACCUCUUCAUGCCAGAGGACAAGUACCCUAAAGGUUUUGCCUUCGACACCGAUGACGUCAACUUCCAGACGGAUAACCUUUGCUUCGUUGGCCUCAUGUCCAUGAUCGACCCUCCCCGUGCCGCCGUACCCGACGCUGUGGGCAAAUGUCGCUCCGCUGGCAUCAAGGUUAUCAUGGUGACCGGCGAUCAUCCAAUCACAGCCAAGGCCAUCGCCAAAGGUGUGGGCAUCAUCUCUGAGGGCAACGAGACGGUGGAGGACAUCGCUGCCCGUCUGAACAUCCCCGUCAGCCAGGUUAACCCCAGAGACGCGAAGGCCUGCGUGAUCCACGGCACCGACCUGAAGGACCUCUCUCAGGAGCAGAUGGACGACAUCCUGAAGAACCACACUGAGAUCGUCUUCGCUAGAACGUCCCCCCAGCAGAAGCUGAUCAUCGUAGAGGGCUGCCAGAGACAGGGAGCCAUUGUUGCUGUGACGGGCGACGGCGUCAACGACUCUCCUGCCCUGAAGAAGGCCGACAUCGGUGUUGCCAUGGGGAUUUCUGGUUCUGACGUGUCCAAACAAGCCGCAGACAUGAUCCUGCUCGAUGACAACUUCGCCUCCAUCGUUACCGGAGUAGAAGAAGGGCGCUUGAUCUUCGACAACCUGAAGAAGUCCAUCGCUUACACCCUAACCAGCAACAUCCCAGAAAUCACCCCCUUCCUGUUCUUCAUCCUGGUGAACAUCCCGCUGCCUCUUGGAACCAUCACCAUCCUCUGCAUCGACCUGGGAACCGACAUGGUUCCCGCCAUCUCUCUGGCCUACGAAGCAGCAGAAAGUGACAUCAUGAAGCGCCAGCCCAGGAACCCUCUGAGGGACAAGCUGGUGAACGAGAGACUCAUCAGCAUCGCCUACGGACAGAUCGGGAUGAUCCAAGCUCUCGGGGGAUUCUUUGCUUAUUUUGUGAUCAUGGCUGAAAAUGGUUUCCUGCCGUCCCAGCUGGUCGGUAUCCGGCUGAACUGGGAUGAUCGCUCCAACAACGACCUGGAGGACAGCUACGGGCAGCAAUGGACCUACGAGCAGCGUAAGAUCGUGGAGUUCACCUGCCACACGGCGUUCUUCGUCAGCAUCGUGGUGGUGCAGUGGGCCGACGUCAUCAUCUGCAAGACCAGACGUAACUCUGUGUUCCAGCAGGGCAUGAGGAAUAAGAUUUUGAUCUUCGGUCUGUUCGAGGAAACGGCUCUGGCUGCGUUCCUGUCCUACUGUCCCGGGAUGGACCUGGCCCUACGGAUGUACCCGCUCAAGCCCAGCUGGUGGUUCUGUGCGUUCCCGUACAGCUUCCUCAUCUUUGUUUACGACGAGAUCCGAAAACUCAUCCUUCGCCGAAACCCUGGAGGCUGGGUGGAAAAAGAGACGUAUUAUUAAAUUAUCAAAGCAUCAUUUACCCCCCCCCAUUUAUACUCUGAUCAUACCAGACGACUAUGUUUACUCCUCCUUCAUCUCUUCAUCUCCUCUUCAUCUCCUCUUCAUUUCCUCCUAAAGAAAAACAAACUGCCACGACGACGAAGGACCAGCAGCAGAGGGGGGGGGGGGCGGCUCGUGUGUCCCCCCUGUCCUCUCCGUCUCUCUGUCCCGUUUUCUGUCCAGCUCUAAUCUGCCAGGAUGCUUUUUACUCUUGUUCUGAUUAUUUUUGCUCAAAUAAAAGAUUAAUCAGAAUAAAAGUGACUGUUUCGCUCCAGCGGGGGGCGCCAGGAUCAGCUCCAGCUCACUGCCAUGUCCUGAUACCCCCCCUCCCCCUACUCACUGCCAGUAUCCACUGCCACCCCCCACCCCACCCCGUGUGUGUCACUGAUGUGGUUUUUUAACUAAAUUAUUUGUAAAAGUUUUGUGUUUUUUUUAAGUUUGGUUUGAGAGCUGCUUGUUUUCAUUCAGACAUGACAAAGCACACCGCCCC